CAAGAACAGUGUAUUCUGAAAGACCCACAACACUAAAUAACAACACUGAAUAACAAGAUGGAUGGCAGAGCCAUAGAGAUAUUGUCCUUUCCCGAGAAGGUUCCCAAUUUUCCAUCAGACAGAAAUUUAAAGAAACCAUUACUAUUGAAAUUUAUAACAAAAUUAUUGAAUUACAGUGGAUAUUCCGUUUUGGUGAUCUAUGUAUUAUUAUUCACUGUCUUGAAGCCAAUUUUGUUGAAUAAAUUAAGCUUAAGAAAGGAUUAUUUGGGUUUUGUUUUGAAAAAACUAUCUAUAUUUAAUCAAAGGAUUUCAAAGCAUUUUACCAUUUUACCAAAUGUUUCAUACAAGAAGUAUAAAAACGGGGAACUAAAAUGUUAUGUUGAUUCCCAAUUACAAACUGAUGAUUAUGAGACAAACAACAUAUAUCUAUUAGAGCAACAAGAAAAAGAAGAGCAAGAACUAAGAGAAAAGGAAUCACAAAAAUCUAAAGUCAAACAUGUUACCUUUGAGACAGGCAACCAAGAAGAGGAUUCAGACUAUAAUAACAAUAGUAAUAAUAAAGUUUUCAAUCCAUAUAAAUCCAAUUUAAUUCUAAAGAAUAAUAAUGAUUCAAAUUACAAUAAAAGAUUUUUAAAAUUGGACAAAAUUAAGAAAACAUUACAAAUUUAUAACAGCGAUUUGAUUAAUUACUCUAACUUUAAUGAAUUAAAUCCAUUUAAAUUCCAAUUAAAUGAUUUGAAAAAUAAUAUUGAUUUAAUUUAUUAUGAUCAAAAUAACCUAUUCAAAAUACCCAAGUAUAUCAGAAGCAGCUUACAAAAUAGCAGUAAUAGUAAUGAAGAUUAUCAUAUUGAUGAUGAACUAAAAGGAAAGAAUCUGACAAAGGUUAUUACAAAUCAAAUAAGAGAAAUGAAAGGGAUGUUUUUAUCGGGUCAAUAUAGAUAAGACAAGGUUAUUUAUUGUGAUAAUUAUGUUUUUAAAUUAAAAUAGGAAGUCUAUAAUGUAAAAUUUAUAAUGU